AUGGUCAACAAGGUUCCUCGCUUCCGUCGUCGAAGUCUGGGCGCAUGUCACAACGACAAUGUGUGUGUGGGUGACAGGAGGCACUUGGUGAAGUGUCUCUUCUUUCAUGGCACGCAUGGUUUAAAUUGUUGCAAGGUGCCCAGAUCAACGUCUUCACCUACCAAGUCACGAUCAUCGCUUUUUCCUCCCAGCUUUCAACUUGGCCACACUGUGCCUGCGUUCAACAUGGCUGAUUCACCAGCUUCCACCAUCCAUGAGCCUGUCUCCAAAGACAUUGGUGUCAACCACAAUGAAAAGUCAGGAGUGGUUGAGCAAGAUUUAGCAGCCAUUGCCAACAACAAGCAUCAUGAUCCCAACUGGACCGGUGAGGGAGUCGAUACCUCCAAUGUCGACCCAGCCAAAACACUACGAAAAAUGGAUCUUCGCCUCAUUCCCAUGUUGGCCCUCCUGUAUUUGCUGUCAUUCUUGGAUAGAAGCAACAUCGGCAAUGCCAAAAUCCAAGGCAUGCAGGAAGAUCUCAACUUGUCUGGGCCCCAAUACAACUUGUGUGCGACGGUGUUUUUCUUCACAUACUGUCUCUUCGAGGUCCCCUCCAAUCUACUUCUCAAACGCUUGAGCCCUUCGAUCUGGCUUCCUGGAAUCAUGGUGGCGUGGGGAACAGUCAUGACUCUGAUGGGUCUCGUUCAAAGUUACCAUGGUCUCUUGAUCGCCCGUAUCUUUCUCGGCAUCGCUGAAGCUGGAUUAUAUCCUGGUGUCUCAUUCUAUCUCACCAUGUGGUAUUGCACCAACGAGCUAGCCUUUCGACAGGCCCUUUUCUUCAGCGCUGCCAGUGUCGCAGGUGCUUUCUCUGGGCUUCUUGCUUAUGCAAUUGUGAAAAUGGACGGAGUUGGUGGAUUGGAAGGAUGGAGAUGGAUCUUCAUCCUCGAAGGUCUGCUGACUGUGGCGGUCGCUCUCUUUGCCUUUUGGGCACUCUAUGAUUUCCCCGACACCGCGGGAUUCUUGACUCUGGAAGAAAAGGCCUGGGUGGUCCACCGACUCAAGUAUCAGGGCAGCAAGAAGAGUGGACGAAAUGUCGCCGAAAGUGACCAUUUUGAAUGGAAAUAUGUGUUUCGAGCAUUCAAAGAUUGGCAGAUCUGGCUGUCGCUCUUCAUGUACUGGGGAAUUGUGAAUCCGCUGUACUCGAUCUCGUUGUUCUUGCCUACCAUCAUCAAUCAAUUGGGAUACAAAGCAACCACUGCCCAGCUCCUGACGAUCCCAAUCUACAUCACUGCGGCCAUACUCGCGGUCAUUGUGGGAUAUAUGUCUGAUAAAGCCACCAAACGAGGUGCUUCGCGCUGGCCCUAUGUUUUUGUACCAAUGUGUGCCAUCCUUAUUGGGUUUAUCAUGGCCAUUUCAGCCUCAGCAGCAGGAGGUGUGCCAGGCGUUGUGUACGCUGGUGUUUUCAUUGCGACGUGCGGCAUCUACCCUGCCUUCCCAGGCAACAUCACAUGGAUUAGCAACAAUCUCGCCGGAAGUUACAAGCGGGCGGCUGGUAUGGCGUUGAUGAUCUCAGGUGGUAACCUGGGCGGUGCUAUGGCAAGCAACUUUUAUCGCGCGGUUGAUGCCCCGAAAUACCUGCUUGGUCACGGAUUGGACAUUGGGUUCGUGGUGCUCGGUCUUGCGGCCGUGAUUACCUUGAGAAUUACAUACGGACGAAUCAAUGCCAAGAGGGAGAGGAGUGGUGCUAUUGAAGGAAUGACGGACGAAGAGUUGUCGGAUCUGGGUGACAAGAGUCCAUCCUUUAGGUAUACCCUUUAG